UGACUUCGUGGCUGUGGUAACUAGAGUACUAGUGACGACCGCAGUCAAGCUAACAACAACACAACAGGUUUAAAAUAUGUUCACAUCGAAUGAACUAGCUACAAAUACCUUCAACAACGGAGAAAAUUGAGGUCUGUAGCUAGCUAGCUAUAUGUUAUACAUUUGUGUAAGUUGUGUAGCUAAGCCAGCUAGCGUAGUGACGUUAUAUUUAGGUUGAUUUGAUCGCUAGCAAUGCUAGCUGUUUAGCUUGCUGCUUUGCUCUCGAUUUCAAUAACUAGUUCAGCUAUUGAAAAAACUAGAAAUACGACGUUACUUAGCAUUUUAUUUGCACUUUUCACUGAAACUACAAAGAGCCUUCCGGGUUUAAACCUUCUCUGGUAGCCAGUUAGUUGGUACUGAUAAGAUACUAGUUCGCGUUAACUAGUUGGUAAACGAGACGAGACUUGGAUGGCCUCGCGAUACUACUACUAACUAUGUAGUUAGCUAUGGCUUUGGUCGUUAGGUUAACUAGCUGGACCCAACACUAUCUGCCAAGCCGUGUUGUUGUCAGUAGCUGACAGUUGCAAUGUAGCUAACUAGCUAAGGUUGGGCUACUAAACUUGUCACCGUUGUUGUUUGAUUACUAUACUAGAUACUUUCUGCAGGAGUGUCCAGUGCAGUGACUAACUACUAACUAGUGAACUACAUAUUAUGAUGCCAUGGAGGAUAGGAAGCUGAAGAGAAAGAUUUCCAGGCCCUCCACCAACCAGGCCCCUGCCCCACCAACCAGCACCCGGAAGAACACAGCCCCUGGACGUCAUCUGGGCUUCAGCCACAUGGGUACACAUGCCAGCCAGAAGGGGAAGAGCCGCAGGUAAGAAACAUAAUCAUCUUCAUCAUCUGGAUGACUUGAAGAUUAACUGCUUUGAGGUGAAGUUCUUAAUUGUGUGUGUGUGUUGUGUGUGUGUGUGUGUUUUGUGUGGUGUGUUGUGUGUGUGUUGUGUGUGUGUGUGUUGUGUGUUGUGUGUGUGUGUGUGUGUGUGUGUGUGUGUGUGUUUGUGUGUUUGUGGUGUUUGUGUGUGUGUGUGGUGUGUGUGUGUGUGUUGGUGUUGUGUGUGUGUGUGUGUGUGUGUGUGUGUGUGUGUGUGUGUGUGUGUGUGUGUCAGGGGUGUGAAGGCCAGACAGCAGCAGGCUUCAGGCAGUAAGUCAGGCCAGGGCCAGCCGGACCCCAUCCAACACUCCUUCCUGACAGACGUCUCCGACGUGCAGGAGAUGGAGAAAGGACUGCUGAGCCUCCUCAAUGACUUCCACAAUGGAAAACUACAGGCCUUUGGUGAGCUGUGUGUAAAACUACAGGCCUUCGGUGAGCUGUGUGUAAAAACUGCAGCCUUUGGUGAGCUGUGUUUAAAAACUACAGGCCCUUCGGUGAGCUGUGUGGUAAAACUACAGGCCUUGGUGAGCUGUGGUGGUAAACUACAGGCCUUUGGUGAGCUGGUGUGUAAAACUACAGGCCUUUGGGUGAGCUGUGUGUAAAACUACAGGCCUUUGGUGAGCUGUGUGUAAAACUACAGGCCUUUGGUGAGCUGUGUGGUAAAACUACAGGCCUUUGGUGAGCUGUGUGGAAAACUACAGGCCUUUGGUGAGCUGUGUGGAAAACUACAGGCCUUUGGUGAGCUGUGUGUAAAACUACAGGCCUUUGGUGAGCUGUGUGUAAAACUACAGGCCUUUGGUGAGCUGUGUGUAAAACUACAGGCCUUUGGUGAGCUGUGUGUAAAACUACAGGCCUUUGGUGAGCUGUGUGUAAACUACAGGCCUUGGUGAGCUGUGUGGAAAAACUACAGGCUUUGUGAGCUUGUGUAAACUACAGGCCUUCGGUGAGACCAGGGUUCCAGUGGCUCAGUGGAUAAAAGAGCAUAUUACCUGUCUGUGUCGGUGGAGUUUUACAUAAACACUAUCUAUGACCUCUCUUUUAUCCCCUCUCCUCGUACCCUCCCGCUUCCCUCCCUCCCGCUUCCCUCCCCCCGCUUCCCUCCCUCUCCUUCCUCCCCCUUCCCUCCCUCCCCCCUUCCCUCCCUCCCGCUCCCUCCCUCCCUUCCCCCCCUUUUCCCUUUCCCUCCCGUUUCCCCUCCCUCUUCCUUCCCCCCCCCUUCCCCCCCUUUUUUCUUCCCUCCCUCUUCCCUCCCUUUCCCUUUUUCCCUCCCCUUCCCUCCCCCCCUCUUUCCCCCCUCUCUUUCCCCCUCCUUUUCCCUCUCCUCCCUCCUCUUCCCUCCCCCCCCCCCUCUCUCCCUCCCCCUUUCUCUCUCCCUCCCCCCCUUCUCCCCCCUUUUUUCCCCUCUUUCCCCCCCCCUUUCCCCCCCUCUCUCCCUCCCCUUUCUCUCCCCCCUCCCCCUACCCCCCCCCCUCUCCCCCCCCCAAAACCCCCCCCCCCCUCCCCCCUCCCUCCCCCCCCCUCUCCCCCUCCCUCCCUUCAAACCCCCCCCCUCUCCCCCUCCCUCCCCUACCCCCCUCUCUCUCCCUCCCUCAUACCCCCCCCUCUCUCUCCCUCCCUCUACCCCCCUCUCCCCUCCCUCUCCCCUCUCCCUCCCGUCCCUCUACCCCCUCUCCCUCUCUCUCUCUCCCUCCCUCUACCCCCUCUCUCUCCUCCCUCCCUCUACCCCCUCUCUCUCCCUCCCUCUCCCUCCCUCCCCCCCCCCCCCUCGUCUCUCCCCCCCCCCCCUCUACCCCCACGUCUCCAUCUCGCUCCCUCCCUCUCCCCCCCUCUCUCUCUCCCUCCCUCUACCCCCCCUCUCUCUCUCCCCCCCUUCACCCCUCACUCAUCCCCCUCUCUCUCUCACACUUCCCCCUCUCCUCUCCCUCCUCUAGGUAAUGAGUGUUCUAUAGAUCAGAUGGAGCAUGUGAGAGAGAUGCAGGAGAAGUUGGCUCGGCUGCACUUUGACCUUUAUGGGGAGGUGGAUGAGAUGCCUGACGACCAGCGGAAGACUGCCUGCGACUCCAACAUGGACAAACUACUGCUCAACGUAAGAUCUGGCAAUAGUUUUUGUUAAAAUACAGUGUCUUGCAAAAGUAUUCAGUCCGCUUUGUGUUAGAAAGUGGGAUUACAAUGGAUUUAAUUCUCAAUUUUUGUCAACAAUCUACACAAAAUACUCUGUGAAAGUGGAAUAUUUGUUUUAUUUUUUUAAAGAUAAAAAAUUAAAAAUAAUAUCUAAAAUCCAGGAGUUCCAUAACUAUUCAGCCCCUUUGUUCAGGCAAGUCUACAUUAGUUCAGGAGUAAAAUGUGGCUUUCAAAAAUCACACGAUAAGUUACAUGGAAAUAAUAGGGGUGGACAUGAUGUUUGAAUGACUAACCCUUGAAAAGACCAGGGAGCUUUUCAAAAGCCUCAUAAAGAAGGGCAGUGAUUGGUAGAUGGGUAACAAUAACACGAGACAUUGAAUAUCUCUUUAAGCAUGGUCAAAUUAAUAAUUAUGCUGUGAAUGAUGUAUUAAACCACCCAGACACAAAGAUUCAGUCGUCCUUCUGAACUGAGCUGCAGGAGAGGAAUGGAACUACUCAGGGAUGUCACCACGAGGCCAUUGGUGAUUUUAAAACAGCUACAGAGUUCAAUGGCUGUGAUGGGAGAAAACUGAGGAUGGAUCAACAACAUUGUAGUAGGGCGAUAUCGAAUUAAUGUUUUUGCGCGAUGUUCCAAAUGCCUGUAUCGCAAGAAUCAAAGUUGGUAUUUUUUCCAGUUUUUAUGCUGUGUCUGUUAUGGUCUCAUCUCCUUUGCUCCUUCGGUGCUGUGAAACCAAGCCCCUCCUACUGACACCAAGCCCCUCCUACUGACACCAAGCCCCUCCUACUGACACCAAGCCCCUCCUACUGACACCAAGCCCCUCCUACUGACACCAAGCCCCUCCUACUGACACCAAGCCCCUCCUUCUGUGCUGUGUUCACUGAGCUCCCCUCCUCCUGACACCAAGCCCCUCCUACUGACACCAAGCCCCUCCUACUGACACCAAGCCCCUCCUACUGACACCAAGCCCCUCCUACUGACACCAAGCCCCUCCUUCUGUGCUGUGUUCACUGAGCUCCCUCCUCCUGACACCAAGCCCCUCCUACUGACACCAAGCCCCUCCUACUGACACCAAGCCCCUCCUACUGACACCAAGCCCCUCCUUCUGUGCUGUGUGCACUGUGCACCUUCCCACUCGCACACAGACACCAAGCCCCUCCCCCCCCGCCGCUCAACAACAAAAGACGAAAUAACUUCUUCCUCUCUGACAACAAGCAGUUUAAACUCGCUAUUUACAUUUGAGGUUUGGUCCAACAGAACAUAGAUAUAAUUUGACUGUAAUAGAGGAGAACUGAACCUUUUCUAACGAUACCCUUUUUAUGUCUCAACUCCCAAAAUGGAGAACGGAGCAGACCCUACUGAAACGAGAGUAUCAAUGAACAUGAUUGUGGAAAAUGAAUGUUCUGUUUGUCGCGCGCGGCAUUGCGGUACCAUAUACCGCGUGUUACGGUCCCCAGGUAGAAACCAAAAAUGGCGCUAAAACAGUCACUAAUAACAACCAAAACGAAACAGGUGGGGUUUUAGGAGGGGCUCUGAAAGACACUCAUGGAGGUGUCCACUGAAAGAUGACUAGCAACAACAACUGGGACCUAAAAGACAGCCACCAUGAGCGCACACUAAAUCUGCCCAAGAAGAGGCAAACAAACGAAAAAAAACAACAACGAGUAAACCAACAAGUGGAGCAAAAUGAAAACAGGAAAGAUCAGAUGAAGGAUUGUUUUUUUAAGAAACCAAAUCGAGAGCGACAACUAAAGGUUGUUAAACUGGGCUAGCCGCUCUUAAAGUGGAACUGACAGCAUUUUAGCAACAUGAAAUCUUACUAAAAUCUGUUCAUUUACACCCCCAGGAAGAAUGACAGUAAACAGCCCCAGACCAUUAUUCCUCCUCCACCAAACUUUACAGUUGGCACCAUGCAUUGGGGCAGGUAGUGUUCUUCUGGCAUCCGCCAAACCCAGAUUCGUCCGUCGGACUGCCAGAUGGUGAAGCUUGAUUCAUCAUUCCAAAGAACGCGUUUCCACUGCUCCAGAGUCCAAUGGCGGCGAGCUUUACACCACUCCAGCCGACGCUUGGUAUUGCGCCUGGUGAUCUUAGGCUUGUGUGCGGCUGCUCGGCCAUGGAAACCCAUGUCAUUAAGUUCCCGACGAACAGUUCUUGUGCUGACGUUGCUUCCAGAGGCAGUUUGGAACUCUGUAGUGAGUGUUGCAACUGAGGACAGAUGUGUGCCCUACCAUUUCGCGGCUGAGCCGUUGUUGCUCCUAGACCUUUCCACUUUACAAUAACAGCACUUACAAUUGACCGGGGCAGCUCUAGCAGGGCAGAAAUUUGACUAAAUGACUUGUUAGAAAGGCGGCAUCCUAUGACGUUGCCACGUUGAAAGUCACUGAGCUCUUCAGUAAGGCCAUUCUACUGUCGAUGUUUGUCUAUGGAGAUUGCAUGGCUGUAUGCUCGGUUUUAUACACCUGUCAGCAACGGGUGUGGCUGAAAUAGCCGAAUCCACUAAUUUGAAGGGGUGUCCACAUACUUUUGUGUGUGUGUGUGUGUGUGUGUGUGUGUAGCAUGGGCAACGUUUCCCAUCUUCUCGAAAGUAUAUCUGCUGUUGUGAAUGUCAGACUCCACUCUGUGAGGCACACAGAUCUGCAGGUUGAACAUGGUGAGAUUGUAGACUCCUAAAUUGAUAGUGCAGUUUGUUUAGGUGAUUUUACAGCUAACUAGCUACUUUUACAUGCUGAUAUUGUCUUCAGUAUUAUUGUGUGUAGCCACGUUUUGCUAGCCAGCCAGUCAGCCCAUAGAGGGAGCGUUGCAUUGAGAGAAGAUAGUGAAUGUUCCUGAGUGGACAAGUUACAGUUUUGACUGAAAUCUGCUUGAAAGUCUGUUAAGACUUGAAAACUGCAGUCUAGCCACGAUUCCCAACAUCUUGACAGAGCUUGAAUAAUUUUUAAAAGAAGAUUGUACAAUCCAGGCGGGCGAAGCUCUUUAUAGACUUCCCCAAGAAGACUCACAGCAGUAAUCGAUGCCAAAGGUGUUUCUAACAUGUAUUGACUCAAGGAGCUGAAUACCUAUGCAACAUAUAUAUAUUUUAUUUUAUUUUUUAUUAAUCUUUUUUUUAAUGUUAGAAUUUUCUUUCACUUUUAAUCCCACUUUGUAACACAAUAAAAUUUGAAGAAAUCCAAGGAGUCUGAAUACUUUUGCAAGACACUAUAUAUUUUUUUUAAGGAGUGGGGCAAUUCCACUCAUCAUGUGGGUUCUAACCCAUGCUGCAGUCGUAUAUGUGUUCUGGAAGCAGUGGCUUAGACCACUAGACCACCUUAAAGGUAGACUCUGCGAAAUUACGUUGCCAUGAGCAGCACUGCAGAUAUUGAUAUGAGCGAGAUGAAAGACUUCACUCACAGUCACACACUGUAUCUGGUGGUUGGCUUCACUGUGUUCGCCGCGUGGUAGCCAGGGCACCAAAACAGCGGAGAAGUUGAUCCUCUCUUAGUUGUUUGCGGAAAUUGACCCGCUUUGCUGUUUACCUUCUGCAUCUACGUCAUAUCCCGUCUAUCUUUAAGUGCUGUGUUGGAUCUUAAAUUCUGUUAAUACUGUGCAAGUACUUGAUAGCAAUCUAGGCCCUAAAAUCCCAACACACAGGGCUAGCCUCCCUCAGCAUGUCAAACAGUGAUUUCUCAGUUUUCAGAAGGCCAAAGCAGGGCUUAAUAUCCAGAUCUAAGUCUUCUCAUGUGAGAGCAAAGCCACACACACACCUCAUGCUCUGUGAAUGUAUCUUGGCUCAAUGUUAGCGCAAUGGAAUGAAACAUCUCAAUGUUAGCUCAAUGGAAUGAAACAUCUCAAUGUUAGCUCAAUGGAAUGAAACAUCUCAAUGUUAGCUCAAUGGAAUGAAACAUCUCUGUCCUUCUCUACAGCUAGAGGAACUGAGUUCAUCAAUGUAUCCUUUUAAAAUACUUGUGUGGUGUGUGUGUGUGUGUGUGUGUGUGUGUGUGUGUGUGUGUGUGAGGGGUGUGUGUCUUUGAGCUGUUGACUUUGACCUGAUUAAUUCUAGCUCACAGUUUACAGAUAAACUUAAGAAAUGCAGACUUAAUAUAAUAAAACAAUUGCAGAUAUUACAGGACUUCACGUACUGUAGUUACAUAAUAGAGGACAUUUCUUUGUUAUGUUCUCUGUGGGGGGGGGGUGUGAGCUCAGAGCAGAGUGAGUGGGGUGUGUUUCAGCUGUUCUCCUUGACUCCUCUCCACAAGUCAGAAGCUGAAUCUGGCAGACAGCCAGGAGAUACCCAGGACAGCCAGCAUCUGAGUCGGUCUGCAGUCAACGGUCUCAGCUCUGAUCUGAGUCAGUCUGCAGUCAACGGUCUCAGCUCUGAUCUGAGUCGGUCUGCAGUCAACGGUCUCAGCUCUGAUCUGAGUCGGUCAACG